AUGGUGGGGAGGCUGCUGCGUAGAAGACUGUUGUGUUUUCCCACUAAAUACUACUGCUUGCUACUUAUUUUCUCCCUUGUCACUUUUACCGUUUUAAGAAUUCGUCAAAAGCUUGAAUUUGUAAAUGUUGACCAUCUAGAGCUGGUUGGAGAGAACCCUGGGAAUGACAUUAAUUGCACCAAAGUUUUGCAAGGCAAUGAAGAUGAGAUUCAAAAAAUUAAGCUUGAGAUACUAACAGUGAAAUUUCGAAAGCAAUCCCGAUGGACCACCUAUGAUUACAUAAACAUGACCAGAGAUUGUACAUCUUUUAUCAAGAGGCGCAAGUAUUUCACCAAAUCCUUAAGUACGGAAGAGGCUGAGUUUCCUAUAGCCUAUUCAAUUGUGGUUCAUCAUAAAAUUGAAAUGCUUGACAGGCUCCUGCGAGCUAUCUAUAUGCCCCAGAAUUUCUAUUGCAUUCAUGUGGACAGAAAAUCAGAGGCUUCCUUUCUGGAGGCUGUAACUGGCAUUGCUUCCUGUUUCAGUAAUGUGUUUGUAGCCAGUCAGCUGGAGAAUGUGGUCUAUGCUUCUUGGAGCCGUGUCCAGGCUGACCUCAACUGCAUGCAGGACCUGUACCAAAUGAGCACAGCGUGGAAGUACCUGAUAAAUCUUUGUGGUAUGGAUUUCCCUAUUAAAACCAACCUGGAAAUUGUCAGGAAGCUCAAGUCACUGAUGGGUGAAAACAACCUUGAGACAGAGAGAAUGCCGGCCAAUAAAAAGGAAAGAUGGAAAAAGCAUUUCACUGUCAUUGAUGGGAAGCUGACAAACACAGGCACUGACAAAGCGCCCCCUCCUCUUGAAACACCUCUCUUUUCAGGCAGUGCCUAUUUUGUGGCCAGUAGGAAGUUUGUGAGGUACGUGCUAGAAAAUGAAAAAAUCCAACGCUUUAUGGAUUGGGCCAAGGACACCUACAGUCCUGAUGAGUAUCUCUGGGCCACUAUUCAGAGGAUCCCUGAAGUCCCAGGCUCUGUGUCCUUAAGCCACAAGUAUGACAUGUCUGACAUGCUUGCCAUCGCUAGGUUUGUCAAGUGGCAGUACUUUGAAGGUGACACUACCAAGGGUGCCCCCUACCCUCCCUGCAAUGGGGUCCAUCUUCGCUCUGUGUGCAUUUUUGGAGCAGGUGACUUGAAGUGGAUGUUGGGCACACACCAUUUAUUUGCUAAUAAGUUUGACACAGACGUUGAUCUCUUUGCCAUUCAGUGCCUGGAUGAACAUCUGCGGCAUAAAGCCUUGCAGGCAUUGAAGCAUUGACCACUGCAGGCAGUCUUAGGAGUAGGAAGAUGCCUGAGCGGUGGCCUUAUGGAGAU